AAGCUUUCCCCUUUCACUGUCAUUUCCGGACGCGGCGAAACAGAAGGAAAAAUAUAUAUUGCACAUCCAAUGGAAUGGAUUAAUAAAUGCAGUAGCUAGCUAGCUGCUCGAAAGUAAUAAUUUCAACCACAAAACAUAUGUGAUUAUCAAAACGGGUAUCCUGGACGCUUGGUUUUUUAAGUCUCGCUAUAUAUUUGCAUCAGUCCAUAAAUGACGGUCCUAUCUGAGGAGACGGUGUUUCCAGGUCUGAAUAGCUAAACUAGUUAGCUGGCUACACAAUGCUAGCUAGUUAGCGGAUACAUUUCUGCUAACUAACAUUAGAUGGCCAGCCUUGAUUUGGUAUCUGGUUAAUCCGAAAAUUGUAUCAUUUUUAGCAGUGCCGGUGUGUUUACUUAUUUCGUUGCAGUUUGAACGUGUUUUAAAGGCACGACUUAACGUUAACGCUUUGACUCCUUCUCUUGUAGGCUAGCUAGUAGAAGGUCAACAUUGUUGAACCCUGCUAGUUACAGCUGACCACAGUGGGUGGGAUAGACACUUCUCAGCAAACCGUCAGCUGCAGUUAUGUGUAAUGAGAUAUAAACAGAGUGGGUGUUUCAGCUAUCCAGGUCCAGACAGUUGUUCAUUAGUUAGUCAUUAGCUAGCUAACUGAGAAAGUAACUAUAACAUUACCUGCUGGCUGAAGUUACUCAAUUCUCUCCAACCAUGAUCAAGUUGAUGCGCCCGAAAAUACCUCAAUAACAACAACCAAUACUUGGAAAUAUGGAUUUCACGUGGACUAAAGCCAUACUUCAAAAUCCCCCGAUUCUACUUUCAAAAUUACAUUUUCAGACUACUGUCUUAGCUACUUUUUGAUUUUUGCUGACAGGACAACUUUCCCUGUUUUGUUUUGGAGAGUAUUGUUUUGACUUGGGAUCUCUGGUAUAUUUUUGCAUGGUAGUUAGUUUCUUUCUCAAUAACAGAGUGGACAAUGAAUGGCCUAUCUGUCAGUGAGCUAUGCUGCCUGUUCUGCUGCCCCCCCUUUCCGAGCCGUAUUGCUGCCAAGCUUGCCUUCCUGCCUCCUGAGCCUACAUAUUCCCUCCUCCCAGACCUAGAGGGGUCUGUAGCCCCGGGGACAGAAGGGACCGCAGGGCUGAGAUCCAGAGCUAGUGGGGUACCUGGAGCUGCUGUAGGGGGUUCAGUCAGCACUGGUCCUGCAGAAGGAAAAUGGAAGCUCCACCUGACAGAGCGAGCCGAGUUCCAGUAUUCCCAGAGAGAACUGGAUGCUACAGAUGUGUUCCUUACCCGCUCCAGUCGUGGAAACAGAGUGGGAUGCAUGUACAUCCGCUGUGCCCCCACUGCCAGGUUCACAGUGCUGUUCUCUCACGGCAAUGCGGUGGACCUUGGCCAGAUGAGCAGCUUCUAUAUCGGCCUGGGAACGCGUAUCAACUGCAAUAUCUUCUCCUACGACUACUCCGGCUACGGUGUCAGCACGGGCAAGCCUUCAGAGAAGAACCUCUACGCUGACAUUGACGCCGCCUGGCAGGCCCUGCGCACACGAUAUGGCAUCAGCCCAGAGAACAUAAUCCUGUACGGGCAGAGCAUUGGCACCGUGCCCACGGUCGACCUGGCAUCUCGGUAUGAGUGUGCCGCUGUGGUGCUCCACUCCCCCCUCACCUCUGGCAUGCGGGUGGCCUUCCCAGACACCAAGAAGACCUACUGCUUUGAUGCUUUCCCCAACAUUGAGAAGGUGUCUAAGAUCACGUCGCCGGUGCUGAUCAUCCACGGGACGGAGGACGAGGUGAUCGACUUCUCCCAUGGCCUGGCUCUGUUCGAGCGCUGUCCCAAGGCCGUGGAGCCACUCUGGGUGGAGGGGGCGGGACACAAUGACAUCGAACUGUACAGCCAGUACCUGGAGCGCCUGCGCCGCUUCAUUGGCCAGGAGCUGGCCGCACAGCGCGCCUGAUACCCCCAUACCACCUGAGCCCCCAGUCCUCCUCUGGCUCCGUGCUGUUCCCCUGGUCAGAGUGGGUCAGUGAAAAUGGGUGGCUCUGUCUGGGAGGAGGGGUGAAGUCUGGCCUCUCAGAAUGAAUAAUCCUUCACCUUUUGGUCAACUUUGUCUGGAUGCUCACAGCCCUGUCUUUUUGUUGUUUUCAAUCUUUUCUGUCUCUGUCAUUAAUCCUGGUCAGGGAUUCUCUAGUCCACCUCUCGCCCGGGGACAGUGCAAGAAUGCAACCCAGACAUGGAGGGCUCUCUACUGGUCUGUCUAAAGCGCCUCUCUCUUACCCCAGCCUAACACAACCUCAGAUAGGUCAGGUGUUCCAAACAUGUACUGUUUAACCUCUUCUGAGACAUUUACACAUGAUUCAGCUUUAACUAACAACCCUAACAUGGACAAAUAAUUGAGUGAUGAAUAUUUGUCAUUUUAUCUUUUAACACAUGACACUGAGCCACUACUUUACAAAUCAUGUGGUAUUGACAGAUUAGUAUAACUGUCCUGUUUGAAAGCAGGUUUGUUGCGAAUGUUUUGUGUGGAAUCUUCUUAGCUCUCUCUCUCGUUUACAAUUAAGAUGUCAUUUAAUCAUUUGUUUCAAAGACAUAUAAAUCGGAAAUUUUUAUAAUUAUUAAGCAUGGAUUCAUUUGAAUCCAGAACGUGAUUAGAGCAAAAAGUUGCAGAAUUAUUGCUUUGGCUGAAGUUCAAAAUCUCAGCCAAAUUAAUUGUUUCAAAAGCAUUCUUAAAUUGCUUGGAUAUCUCUAAGGCAAGAUUAAUUUCUAGCUCGGCAACCGCUCUUAUGUUUUUAGCACGGCAACCGCUCUUAUGUUUCUAGCUCAGCAACCCCUCUUAUGUUUCUAGCUCGGCAACCACUCUUAUGUUUCUAGCUCAGCAACCCCUCUUAUGUUUCUAGCUCAGCAACCCCUCUUAUGUUUCUAGCACGGCAACCACUCUUAUGUUUCUAGCACGGCAACCACUCUUAUGUUUCUAGCUCAGCAACCACUCUUAUGUUUCUAGCACGGCAACCACUCUUAUGUUUCUAGCUCAGCAACCACUCUUAUGUUUCUAGCUCAGCAACCCCUCUUAUGUUUCUAGCACGGCAACCACUCUUAUGUUUCUAGCUCAGCAACCCCUCUUAUGUUUCUAGCUCAGCAACCCCUCUUAUGUUUCUAGCACGGCAACCACUCUUAUGUUUCUAGCUCAGCAACCCCUCUUAUGUUUCUAGCUCAGCAACCCCUCUUAUGUUUCUAGCACGGCAACCACUCUUAUGUUUCUAGCUCAGCAACCACUCUUAUGUUUCUAGCUCAGCAACCCCUCUUAUGUUUCUAGCACGGCAACCGCUCUUAUGUUUCACGCACUGAACUAAAUUCACCUCUUACUGGGUUUCUGUCUGAAAUGGUGGUUCCACAUCCAGCUUCAGAUGUUUUCAAAGGCUUUUUUCUAAGUGAUUUACAGAGUUGUACAAAGAAUUUCACUUUAGGUAUUUCUAAAUCGGGGAGUUUAUUUCAUACCUCCAAAAACACUAAAUCAUUGUGAAUCACUAAGAUGUUGCCAGUAAUGGCCAUUCACAUAGUAAAUUGGGUCGGGUCAGAUGAGACUAAGCUGAAUGGAGUAUUAACUGAACUUGCUGCUAAAGAUUAGGAUAAAAUGGAUUGAGAAGGGUCAAACUCUCCACAUCCAUUAAUGCAGCUUAGUUUGAUGGGAAAUUGAACAGUCAUACAUGUUUCAAUAAUAUUUUUUACGCUGUACAGUAGAGUGGCGCCAAUGAUGUACAGUACACACUGCUGGUCCCAUAUGACAUUUGAAUACACUUAUUCAGCCAUGUCAUGUUACAUGUGUGAUUAGUUUCUUGUUUACUUCAUUUUAGGGUAAAUAACACUUCAUUAUAACUUUAGUAGAGCUAUGGAAUAGGAUGUGCUCUAUUUUGUUAUUGACCAGGUUUAUUUUCCCUUUUCAACUCCAACUAGCCCUUUUCACUCACUUCGUCCUGUUGCCACACUAUUUCAGACAGACUUGGGAUUCCACCAUUUCUGUCCGUCUGUGUGUGAAAGUUGACUUGAACGAAUGCCCAACUUCUCUGGCAUAUGGGGUCUACCACCACAAGAUAGUGGAGAUCCUUGAGUUGGGUUUUGGGGGAGUCAGGAUAACAUGUACAUAGCAACCAAAGUUUAACAGGAAAUGUUCUGUCUUGAACAAAGCGUGCCUGCUUUUCUAAUGGUAUGUUCAUCAGAACCAAAGAAAAAGUCCAUCACAUCACCCAUAGUACAUGGGUUUCUUAUCAGUCACUGCAUACAGUUAGGGAACAAAAGUGAGUUUACUCCCUAUGAUGGACUAUUGUAUCGAGAAUACAAGCAAUACAACUGAUUUCUGUGUCUGGGUGGCCUGAGAGAGGAGCAUGUGUCUGUGGGAGGUAGGGUUGCAUAAUUCUGGGAACAUUCAAGAAAUUCACUUAUUUUCCCGAAAUCCCAGUUGGAGGGUUCCUGGACACAGGAGGGAAUAAGCAGGACUCGAGUCAUCCAACCAGGACUUAUGGAAAACAGGGGAAUUUAAAUCAAAUCUAAUUUUAUUUGUCACAUACACAUGGUUAGCAGAUGUUAAUGCGAGUGUAGCGAAAUGCUUGUGCUUCUAGUUCCGACAAUGCAGUAAUAACCAACGAGUAAUCUAACCUAACAAUUCCACAACUACUACCUUAUACACACAAGUGUAAAAGGAUAAAGAAUAUGUACCUAAAGAUAUAUGAAUGAGUGAUGGUACAGAAUGGCAUAGGCAAGAUGCAGUAGAUGGUAUCGAGUACAGUAUAUACAUAUGAGAUGAGUAAUGUAGGGUAUGUAAACAUAAAAGUGCAUAGUUUAAAGUGGCUAGUGAUACAUGUAUUACAUAAAGAUGGCAAUUUAUUGAAAGUUCACAGAAUUUUGCAACCCUAGUGGGAGGUGACGGACUGACUGUACUUCGAGUGUGAGACGAGUUCCAGACAGACACAUUCAGAGCUUUUGUUUGAAGAAACUAAGUUAUGGAAAUUAAUUUUUGUAUUCAAAUGUAAUGUGCUUUCAAAAAGUAUUCAGACCCCUUGACUUUUUCUAAAUUUUGUUAGGUUACAGCCUUAUUCUAAAGUUGAUUAAAUUGUAUUUUUUCCCUCAUCAAGCUACACAUAAUACCCCAUAAUGACAAAGCAAAAACAGGUAAAUAUAACAUUUACAAAAGUAUUCAGACCAUUUACACAGUACUUUGUUGAAGCACCUUUUGCAGCGAUUACAACCUCGAGUCUUCUUGGGUAUGACGCUACAAGCUUGGCACACCUGUAUUUGGGGAGUUUCUAUCAUUCUUCUUUGCAGAUUCUCUCAAGCUGUCAGGUUGGAUGGGGAGCGUUGCUGCAAAGCUAUUUUCAGGUCUCUCCAGAGAUGUUUGAUCGGGUUAAAGUCUGGGCUCUGGCUGGGCCACUCAAGGACAUUCAGAGACUUGUCCCGAAGCCACUCCUUCAUUGUCUUGGUUGUGUGCUUAGGGUCGUGGUCCUGUUGGAAGGUGAACCUUCACCCCAGUCUGAGGUCCUGAGUGCUCUGGAGCAGGUUUUCAUCAAGGAUCUCUGUACUUUGCUCUGUUAAUCUUUUCCUCGAUCUUGACUAGUCUCCCAGUCCCUGCCUCUGAAAAACAUCCACACAGCAAGAUACUGCCACCACCAUGCUUCACUGUAGGGAUGGUGCCAGGUCUCCUCCAGAUGUGACACUUGGCAUUCAGGCCAAAAUGUUCAAUCUUGGUUUCAUCAGACCAGAGAAUCUUGUUUCUCAUGGUCUGAGAGUCUUUAGGUGGCUCAUGACAAAUUCCAAGCUGUCUGUCAUGUGCCUUUUACUGAGGAGUGGCUUCUGUCUUGCCACUCUGCCAUAAAGGCCUGAUUGGUGGAGUCCUGCAGAGAUGGUUGUCCUUCUGGAAGGUUCUCAUCUCCACAGAGGAACUAUGGAGCUCUGUCAGAGUGACCAUCGGGUUCUUGGUCACCUCCCUGACCAAGGCCCUUCUACCCCGAUUGCUUAGUUUGGCCGGGCGGCCAGCUCUAGGAAGAGUCUUGGUGGUUCCAAACUUCUUCCAUUUAAGAAUGAUGGAGGCCACUGUGUUCUUGGGGAUCUUCAAUGCUGCAUAAAUGUUUUGGUACCCUUUCCCAGAUCUGUGCCUCGACACAAUCCUGUCUCGGAGCUCUACGGACAAUUCCUUCGACCUCAUGGCUUGGUUUAUGCGCUGACAUGCACUGUCAACUCUGAGACCUUAUAUAGAAAGAUGUGUGCCUUUCCAAAUCAUGUCCAAUCAAUUGAAUUUACCACAGGUGGACUCCAAUCAAGUUGUAGAAACAUCUGAAGGAUGAUCAAUAGAAACAGGAUGCACCGGAGCUCAAUUUCGAGUCUCAUAGCAAAGGGUCUGAAUACUUAUUUACAUAAGGUAUCUGUUUUUUAUUUGUAAUACAUUUACACACAUUUAGAAAAAACUGUUUUUGCUUUGUCAUUAUGGUGUAUUGUGUUUAGAUUGCUGAGGAUUUCUAUCUAUUUAAUCCAUUUUAGAAUAAGGCUGUAACGUAACAAAAUGUGGAAAAAGUCAAUGGGUCUGAAUAUUUCCGAAGGCACUGUAUGUGCUAUCUCUAUGGAUAAGUUUUGGGGGUGAGUAUUUGGAUCCAAGGUGAUGAUGGGUUGGUGUGUUAUUCUAUCCAGUUAUGCAUUGUUUAUUAUUUACAACUUUGUUAUAUUACGUUAUAGAAAUGUUUUAUCUUUAUUCCAAAAAUAAAAACAAACAUGAAUUGAUAAAAUAAA